AUGCUGCUGGACGCGGGGCCGCAGUUCCCGGCCAUCGGGGUGGGCAGCUUCGCUCGGCACCACCACCAUUCAGCUGCCGCAGCUGCCGCGGCUGCGGAGAUGCAGGACCGCGAGCUAAGCUUGGCGGCAGCGCAGAAUGGCUUCGUGGAUUCGGCCGCCGCGCACAUGGGCGCCUUCAAGCUCAACCCUGGGGCACACGAUCUGUCCCCUGGCCAGAGUUCGGCUUUUACCUCUCAAGGGCCGGGGGGCUACCCAGGUUCGGCCGCAGCAGCCGCCGCCGCAGCAGCCCUGGGACCCCACGCCGCUCAUGUAGGCUCUUAUUCGGGAGCACCCUUUAACUCCACCCGGGACUUUCUGUUCCGCAGUCGGGGUUUUGGAGAUUCGGCUCCGGCGGGUGGGCAGCAUGGGCUAUUCGGGCCAGGGGCGGGAAGCCUGCAUCACCCUCACACGGAUGCCCAAAGCCACCUUCUGUUCCCAGGAAUCCAUGAGCAGCACGGCCCCCACGGCUCUCAGAAUGUGCUGAACGGGCAGAUGCGGCUGGGGCUGCCGGGAGAGGUGUUUGGUCGUUCGGACCAGUACCGCCAAGUGUCCAGCCCCCGGACUGACCCCUACUCGGCCGCCCAGCUCCACAACCAAUACGGCCCAAUGAAUAUGAACAUGGGCAUGAACAUGGCAGCGGCCGCCGCCCACCACCACCACCACCACCACCACCCAGGUGCCUUUUUCCGAUACAUGAGGCAGCAGUGCAUCAAACAGGAGCUCAUCUGCAAGUGGAUCGACCCCGAACAACUGAGCAAUCCCAAGAAGAGUUGCAACAAAACUUUCAGUACCAUGCACGAGCUAGUCACCCACGUCUCAGUGGAGCAUGUCGGGGGCCCUGAACAGAGUAACCACAUCUGUUUCUGGGAGGAGUGUCCUCGAGAGGGCAAGCCCUUCAAGGCCAAAUACAAACUGGUCAACCACAUCCGUGUGCACACCGGAGAGAAGCCGUUUCCUUGUCCCUUUCCCGGCUGCGGGAAAGUUUUCGCCCGCUCAGAAAAUCUGAAGAUACACAAAAGGACCCACACAGGAGAGAAGCCGUUCCAGUGUGAAUUCGAAGGCUGUGACAGACGCUUUGCCAACAGCAGCGAUCGGAAGAAGCACAUGCACGUCCAUACUUCGGAUAAGCCCUAUCUUUGUAAGAUGUGUGACAAAUCUUACACCCAUCCCAGCUCCCUGAGGAAGCACAUGAAGGUCCAUGAAUCUUCCCCACAGGGCUCCGAAUCCUCCCCCGCCGCCAGCUCGGGCUAUGAGUCCUCUACCCCACCCGGGCUAGUGUCCCCUAGCGCCGAGCCCCAGAGUUCCACUAAUUUGUCUCCGGCUGCGGCGGCUGCGGCGGCUGCGGCGGCAGCGGCGGCGGCAGCGGCCGCUGCGGUGUCCGCGGUGCACAGGAGCAGCGGGGCUGGAGGUGGCGGCGGCGGCGGCGGCGGCAGCGGUGGUGGAGGCAGCGGGGGUGCCGGUGGCGGCGGUGGAGGGGGCGGUGGCAGCAGCACCAGCGGGGGCGGUGGGACCGGCGGGGGUCACAGUGGCCUCUCUUCCAACUUCAACGAAUGGUACGUCUAA